AUGCCGAAAAAGGUGCUGACAAGAGUUGACGAUGAAGGUCAAAGCAAAAUGGUAACCAAGAAGAUAACAAACAUUAGAGACGGUGAGGAUCAAAUCAAGAUGCCAACAAAGAAUUCCAACGAAGAAAAUCAUAUAGUCAAGAUGAAAGCCAUUGAACAUAAAGAUCACGGUGGGAAGAAGCCGUCUAGGAAGAAGGUGCCAAUGAAGAAAUCAAAGGUGGAGGGUGAUAAAGUCAAGAUAAAUACCAAUGACGCUGAGGGUCAAAGCAAGAAGCUGACCAAUAAGAUGCCGAUGAAGGAAUCGAAUGAAGAAGAUGCCAACGAAGAAGAACAUAAGAUUGAGUCUCUUAUCCCUACUAUGACUUUAGAUGAAUUCUUCGAAAAAUAUGGGAUAUCAUUAGAUGAAAAUGAUGAAGAAUAUGAAUAUGAUUAUGAUGAUCUCAAUCCAACCGUUGGUGAUAGUAGUGACAGUCAACUCGGUACCAAAAAGAAAAAAGUCCGUGGUCCCACCCAACUCAAGCAUAUUCAUGCUUUGGAGACACAAAUAGAGUUAACAUGGUACAAUGGCAAACCCAUAGGCCCAACAAAGACACAGGUUCAAUUGUUUAGUCGGUUCUUGGGAACACUUGCAAGAAACUCUAAUUUGGUCACGUUGUUAUAUACUAAUUGGCAAGUUGUGUCCAGUGAGACUAAAACUUCAUUGUUGGAUUAUGCAAAGUCUAAAUAUAACAUUCCUAGUGAUGCUGAGCCUUGGGUGAUAAAUACCAUUGGAGAGGCAUGGAAGCAAUUUAAGAAACGCAUAAAGAAAUAUCACUAUACACCCUAUAACUCAUUUAGAAAGAUGAUGAAAAAUCGUCCAAUGACUGUACCUGAACUGCAUUUUCGAAAAUUAGUUCAAUUUUGGAGGCUUGAUAUCAUCAAAGUAAGUUAUUUUCACAACUCUCUUAGCUUUAAUGAUGGUAUCAUGUAUUUAACUAACUCUAUGUAA